UUUUUUUUUUUUUAAGCUUCCUUACUUGAGUGAACUGAAGGACCCCGGAGCUGAUGUUGGGAGCCCCACGCAGCUGACUGCUCCAUUCAUUGCUUUGAAGGAGAAGCGGAGGCAGCCUCCCUCUGCUCCUCUCUGCUCCCCCUCCUCUCUCCUCUCUCCGUUUGUCUUGUUGUUGUUGGGUCUGUGAUCCUGCGGCUGUGAGCAUGCAAAGCAACGAGCGACACCGAAACAAGAUCGCCGCGCCGACAUGGACGAACAGGCCGCUUAUAUUUUACAAAUGCACUUUAUUUUAUUUAUUCAUCUUUAGUUUGGAGCUGAGGAGGAGCGACACGGCACCAGUGGAGUCGGAUGAUUUUGCUUUCCUCCUUGAAGGCACUAAUAAGUGCCUUGGAGUUCUGGAGAAGUCCCUGAGCUUGAGCAGGUCGUGUGAGGAACCCAACCAGAGAUGGAAGUGGGUGUCUCGGGGGCGCCUGUUCAACCUGGGUACCUCGUUGUGUCUGGGUUUGAACACAGGAAACGUCACAUAUAAUCCAAAUGAUCCUCCCAUGGCCAUGUAUAUGUGUGAUCGAGCACCCCCCAGAGUGGAGUGGACCUGGAACUGCAAUGAGGUGCUGGAUAAGCUCAAUGUUCUCAUUCACUCCCAAACGUUCUGGAACGGGUCAACCAUCUCAUCUGCAACCAAAUGGACGUUGUAUGGAAAAGAGCAGAAGCUCUGCUCCAAAACAUAUCAAGAGAUCUACACAAUCCAGGGGAAUUCCUACGGCCGACCCUGCCACCUGCCCUUCAUGUACCACGGCCAGUGGUUUCAUACCUGCACAACCAGCGGGCGUGAAGAUGGCUAUCUUUGGUGUGCCACCACCUAUAACUACGAUACAGACCAAAGCUGGGGAUUCUGUCCUAUGAAGGGCAGCAGCUGUGAGGCCUUCUGGUAUACUGACCCUGUGACAGACAGCUGUUAUCAGUUUAACUUCCAGGCUACUUUGUCUUGGAGCGAGGCUCGGAUCAGCUGCCAACAGCAGGGGGCAGACCUGUUAAGCAUCGGCAAGCUACACGAGCAGACCUACAUCAAUGGUAUUCUAAACUCUCACAGCUCCGCUUUAUGGAUCGGACUCAAUGACUUGGAGCUCAGUGGAGGCUGGCAGUGGUCCGACUCCUCACCAGUCAAAUAUCUAAACUGGGAUCCAGACCAGCCGAGUCAUGUCGAGGAGGAGAACUGCGUCGUGGUCAGAUCUGAGUCAUCGGGUCGUUGGCAGAACCGAGAUUGCUCCGAUGCUUUACCCUAUGCCUGUAAGAAGAGGCCCAAUGCCACACUGGAUCCCUUCACUACAGAUUCAUGGGUGAAUGACUACAAAUAUGAGUGUGAUGUGGGCUGGCAGUCCUUCCAGGCUGGAUGCUACAAACUUUUCUCAGAGAAUAGGAGUUGGAAUGAAGCUCUGAAAACAUGCCAGAAGACAGACGCCAGUCUGGUUAGCAUCCAUACUCUACCUGAGCUGGAGUUCAUCAUUCGCAACCUGAAGAAAGACCUGGAGCAGUUAUGGAUCGGGCUCCAUGACUUGGACAUGCAAAUGGACUUCCAGUGGACCGACCACACACCCGUUACCCUAACCCCCUGGCACCCGUUUGAACCCAACAACUUUCGCAACACCCAAGAAGAUUGUGUUUCCAUGUGGGGCCCUGAAGGCCGUUGGGACGACAGUCCCUGUAAUCUGACUCUGCCGUUCAUCUGCAAGAAACCAGGAACAAAGAGUGAGGGGAAGCCACAAAACCAAGAGUGCAAACAGGGUUGGAAGUGGCACAGUCCAGCUUGUUAUUGGGUUGGAGAAGAUUUGUCCACUUUUGAUGAGGCCAGAAAAUCGUGUGAAGAACAGGGAGCCUCUCUUGUUACUAUCACAAACAGGUUCGAGCAGGCUUUCACCACUAGCCUGGUGUUUGGCCGCUCUGGAGAUUCGUUUUGGAUCGGGCUGAAUGACCAGGUGACUCACGGUUUAUUCCGCUGGCUAAGUGGAGAUGAAGUUUCCUACACCCACUGGAACCGAGACCAGCCUGAGAACAUCAGCGGUGGCUGUGUUGCGAUGGCAACAGGCUCUGCCACGGGGCUGUGGGAGGUGAAGGAGUGUGCCUCGGCAAAGGCGAAGUUCAUCUGCCGUCAGAAUCAGGAUGCAUCUCAGAACCCCGAACCCCCUGCUCCGCACCCCACUCCCAGCCUCAGCGGCACCUGUCCUUAUGGGUGGAAGAGCAACAGCAAACUGCGCUACUGUUACAAGGUCUUUCACAACGAUAACAAGGAGAUGAAGUUUAAAUGGGGAGAUGCUCACCUGUUCUGCCAGAAACACGGAGGGAAUCUGCUGAGCAUUGGCAGCCCUGAGGAGGAGCAGUUUGUCCUUGAGGUCCUUCAAAGGAUCUUUGGAGAGUUAGAGGAGCAUGAGCAUCGGUGGUUUUGGAUCGGUCUGAACCGCAGGAAUCCAACAGACAAUGGCAGCUGGAAGUGGAGCGAUGGACUGCCUUUGACAUACCAGAACUUUGGCCGCUACCACUACAGCACCCGACAGUGCGCUGCAGCUGACCUGGGCACUGUGACCUGGCAGCCCAUGCACUGUGACGCUCAGUUAGACUGGAUCUGCAAGAUUCCCAAAGGAAGUUCUGAGAUUGUACCAGAAGAAGCAGAAGGCACCAGUUCUCCAGAGUGGAUUCCCUUCCAUGAGGCUGAGUAUAAAUUUUUCGACCAUCGCACCACUUGGGACCAGGCCCAGAGGAUCUGCUCCUGGUUUCAUUCCUCUCUGGCCUCCGUCCACUCAGCUGAGGAAAAGGUUUUCCUGAGCAACAGUUUAAACAAGAUACUGAAGUCUGAUAUGGAUAGUUGGUGGCUGGGGCUCCGCACCUAUGAAAAUGACGGUCGUUUCCGCUGGUCUGACAACUCUGUGCUCAAUUAUGUUUCAUGGGAGCUCGGCAGGCCACUAACGGUGAGCCGUGAUCGCCGCUGUAUCAGCAUGUCAGUGAGCAAAGGAGAGUGGAGGGAUCAGAAAUGCCAUUCUGAUCUGCCCUACAUCUGUAAGAGGGUGAACGUUACAGGGACCUUUCCUCCGACGCCAUCAGCCCCUCAUCCCCCUUCAGGCUGUCCUAGUGGAUGGUCGCUCUAUCAGCAUAAGUGUUUCAAAGUAUUUGAGUUGCCUGUGGUCACAUGGGCUGCAGCCAAGCUGACAUGUGAAAGCAAGCGAGGCACACUGGCUCUGGUGUCCAAUCAUUUAGAUCAAGCUUUCCUCAUCACCUUGUUGAAGAACGUCAGCACUGACCUCUGGGUGGGUCUGACCUCAGACUCCGAGGGCCACUUCCGCUGGGCCCGAACCGGCCUUCUCAGCUACACCAAUUGGGCCCCCGGAGAGCCCAUAGACAACAGCGGCCCACAUCACAACAAGACGCGGGGCAACUGUGUAGCAAUGAUUUAUGGGAACCCCGAUAGGAGAACUGGGAUGUGGGCCUCCCGGGCCUGCGAGAUGGAGAACCUCGGCUACAUCUGUCAAAAGCAGCCAGAUCAAGCUCUUCCUCCGGCUCCGCCCCUUAUUCCUGACUCCUUGUUAAAGCCUGUGGAGCUAGGCGGAAGGACAUAUCGGAUUGUGAAGAAGCGUCUUGACUGGACUGGUGCUCUCCACAUCUGUGAAUCUUUGAACGGGACACUUGCAGAUGUAAAUGAUCCAUACCAACAGGCCUAUCUGACGCUGCUGAUCAACAGCCUGCACCAGUCAGCCUGGAUUUCUCUCUAUAACUAUGGAGGACGAAUCUUUACAUGGUUAGGUAAUGAAGAGGUCAAAUACUCCAACUGGAAGGAUGGAGAGCCCAAUCUGAUGGCUGGAUGCGGUCACAUGACCACUACAGGAGAGUGGACUACGACUCCCUGUGAUUAUAAAUUGGAGGCAGCUAUAUGUGAAAUUAGUGAUGAUCCUGUGUUUCAUCAGUGGAUCUACCCAGGACUGUGCCCCGACUCUGUUGGAGAGUGGGCCUGGGUCCCUUUCAGGAACCACUGCUAUGCCUUUAACCUGCAGCUACUUAAACUGCAACAGGACGCGCUCACAUCCUGCAAAAAAAUGGGAGCAGAACUUCUCUCCGUCCUGGAUGAGGUAGAGAACAACUUUAUAUGGGAGCACAUCCAGAGUUAUGCAGAACAGGCGCGUGGAGCUUGGCUGGGCAUCAGCAUUAAAGAGAGACGUCUUGUGUGGAACGAAGAUACAGACCUGUCAUUUACCAACUGGGAAUCCCGCAACGUCGCUUUUUCAGUGCUUUCGGCCAAUUCCUGCUUCUGGAUCCAGAGCAACAGCGGCCGGUGGAAGCCUGGCUCCUGCAGAAAUCUCACGCACGGGGUGAUCUGCAAAAAGCCUCGUAGUGCUGAAACAUCAGAUGUAACAGUGAAAUUGGACCAUGUGCCCAUUCUGAUAGUUGUCAUUGUGACGGCUUUGAUUCUGGUUCUGGCGAUGGCCACAGUGAUCUACCUGUACCGGCGGCGAACUGCGGGGUCACGCGGUUCAUAUGAAGGGGCUCGCUAUAGCCGCACCAACUCAGGCCACGGCGAGGAGGCCGAAAAGAACAUCUUGGUGUCCGACAUGGAGCUGAACGAGCAGCCGGAGUAGCUCCGGACUGACCUGUGGACUUGACCUGACCAGAUGAAGACUCUUAUUCUGAAACAGUUUUUUUUAACCCUUUUUAACUAAAUUUUUUUUUUUUUUUUUUUUUUAUUCUGAAAAGCUGUGUAGAACACAGCUAUUUUUUUUUCUAAUUGAAUCUCCAUUUUGGAAAAGAAAAGGAAGAAAUUGAACAAAUCAGAUACACCCAUCUGCUUUUUCCAAAAUGCGUAGGCAGCAUGCAAUUGAUCUACUGUGAAAAGUUUUAUUGCUGCUCAGAAAUAUUCAGCCCAAAAAACCGUCUUAUGAAAUAGAUCUCCUCGUCUUUUUCCAAAUUCAGUUUUAGCACACAGAGUCCUCUAGUCUUGUUCCUAUUCUGACUUAAAUCCACUUCUUCGUUGUCCAAGUUGACAGAUUUUCUUCUUGCAUUCCUUUGUAAGAUUUGUUUUGUCUUGUCAGUAUUAACCCAAACUUGAAUGCAUUUUUUGUUUUGCGUUUGUUUCUUUCACUUUAUGGUUAUCUGUGUAACUGUAGAGAAGCCUAAGCGGUGAAGUGUGUUUGUGGUUUUUAUGAGCUUGCCUCUCUCCCUCCUCUGCGACCUGACACGUCAGCAAAGGCUGUCAGGCUGGCGGCAGAGAGGGCAGAAAGAAGUCCAGAUGUGAACGUGUUAAAAGUGUGAAAGGGCUCGCUGACCUCAAACUUUCUGUAAGGGUGAACACUAUAAUUGUGCACAUAAGUAGGACCUUGCAGUAAAAGCUGGUCUUAAAUGGACUACAGUCUUUUUUAGUGCAGCACAACCUGGGGGGUUGUUUUGUUACAUCAGAUUUUGGAGUCACCAAAGCCUGAAAUCCAUACUGUGGUGGUUUUGCUCUUAGCCUUCAUCACUAGCGUGCGGUCUCUGAUCUACGAUUCUUGACUUUGUUUGCCUUGGCUCUUUGUACCACCAUCUGGAGCUGAUUCAGCAGUUUUUUGAGUGCAGUCAUUUUGUUUGAACGCUCUCUUAAAAACUGUCUGAUGCAUCUUGUUUGUAUGACCUGAGGUUCUUGUUACUGUAUGUUGCAUCAGCUUGGUUUUUUGUCCUGAAGAUGUCAUUUUUCUUGUAUGGAGCAGCUCUGUUUCUGCAGCAUCACUUGAACCGCCGUGAAGGAAAACAUCUUUAAUGUUGUUUUUACAUAUUUCAUUGCCAAAGACUGUCCAACCCACCAUCUGUGCAGGGUGCUUAAUAUCUCUUUAAGAUUUCAAACGUUUAACCUUCGUCCUUCAGCUCAUGCCUCUGAGUACAUUUCUCUUCCUCUCUCUCUGCUUGCAGGAAUGCUUUGGAGCCAUUUCAGUCUGAGGCUUUUGGUGUUUUACUAAGCUGCUGUGAAAAAAAAAAAAAAAAAAAAACUGAGGGGGAAGGGAGGAGGAGGAGAGGUGUGUGUGUGAUGUGCGUACGCAGCCUCCAGCUGCGGAAUGUUGAGUCGGCAAGAAGAGCUCAGUGGCACGUCUGGAACCAAUCAGAGAAGUAGAGCUUAGGGACACGAAGGGUCAGAAUGGGGGGGAAUAAAAGAAAAGGGAAAAGGAGGACGGGGGAGAAAAGGAAGUAAAAGGGGGAGAGCAAGGAGGAGUCAGAGAUGUAGGUAGGUAGAGGAAAGUUGGAUUUGAACAGAGGCAGCAUGUCCUCUGCUGGUGGAUUCAUGAAAAAGUCACAGCAGCCGAUCAAACUUGGGCGAUUAAGUGAUUCAAUAGUGUUCGCUUUCUUCCAUCUGUGAAACAGGUCUGGUCUCCCUGUGGAUAAACCUAAAGGACCUGUUGGAAUUUCUAAGGAUUUUUUGUGACAUUUUUAUAUGAAAUUAAUAAAGUUAAUUUCCUCAGAUUUG